GCCCGCGCCUGUCCAGCGAGUCCGCAGGCUGCGGGACCGGAGGCACCAAAGGCCAAUAGACAUGUAGGGGCGGGGUCUCCACCGAUUUUUUUUUCCUGACAGGUGGACGUGGGCUUGGCAUCCAAGCCAAUGAGAGUGCGAGGGCGGGGCCUGAAUAGACGCAGGAAAUGGCGACGGCCGCGGGUUUCCUCCUUUCCCAGCUGCCUGCCCGCCGCCAUGCCGCCCUUACUGCCCCUGCGCCUGUGCCGGCUGUGGCCCCGCAGCCCUCCCUGCCGGCUUCUCGGAGCGGCCGCCAGGCAGCGGUCCAGCCCCAGUACUUAUUAUGAACUGUUGGGGGUGCAUCCUGGUGCCAGCACUGAGGAAGUUAAACGAGCUUUCUUCUCCAAGUCCAAAGAGCUGCACCCGGACCGGGACCCUGGGAACCCAAGCCUGCACAGCCGCUUUGUGGAGCUGAGCGAGGCAUACCGUGUGCUCAGCCGUGAGCAGAGCCGCCGCAGCUAUGAUGACCAGCUCCGCUCAGGUAGUCCCCCAAAGUCUCCACGAACCACAGCCCAUGACAAGUCUGCCCGCCAAGCACACAGCAGCUCCUGGACACCCCCCAACGCACAGUACUGGUCCCAGUUUCACAGCGUGAGGCCACAGGGGCCCCAGUCGAGGCAGCAGCAACACAAACAAAACAAGCAAGUGCUGGGGUACUGCCUCCUCCUCAUGCUGGCGGGCAUGGGCCUGCACUACAUUGCCUUCAGGAAGGUGAAGCAGAUGCACCUUAACUUCAUGGAUGAAAAGGAUCGGAUCAUCACAGCCUUCUACAACGAAGCCCGGGCACGGGCCAGGUCUGUCCCUGCUCUAUUCUGCUCCCUGCUCCCUGUCCAGGCACCGCACUUCGGGAUCCCUAUCCCAACCACCCAGGUGCCCUCUCCUCCAGGGCCAACAGAGCCAGCCUUCAGCAGGAGCAACAACGGCUAGGGCAGCGGCAGCCACCACCAUCCGAGCCAACCCAAAGCCCCGAGAUCGUGCCCCCGGGCGCCGGCCCCUGAGGGGCUCACCUGGAUGGGGCCUGCAGUGCGUUCCCGCCUUGCUUCCUUCCCUGGACUGCCCGCUCCCCGAAACGCGCGCAAUAAAGUGAUUCGCAGA